CCCCUACACCAAAUAUUCCUGGCGCUAAGACUGAUGCGGAGUAUCUUCCCCUACUCGAUAACAAUGACAAUCAUUUCAACAGCCAUCCCCAAAAUCACCGAUGAAUUCCACAGUCUAGAAGACAUCGGAUGGUACGGCUCCGCCUUCUUCGUCACCACAGCCGCAACACAAGCAUCCUGGGGUCGACUCUACACGUUUUUCCCGCUAAAAUGGACAUAUCUAAUCUCAAUUGGGUUUUUCGAAUUGGGUAGCGUGGUGUGCGGUGCUGCACCCAGCUCAGUUGCCCUGAUCAUUGGCCGUGCGAUUUGCGGUGUUGGUGCUGCGGGUUUGUUUGCGGGCUCGUAUACUAUUAUUGCUGUUCUUGUACCGGCGGCCGAGAGGCCAAAGUACAGUGGGCUUAUGGGCGCUGCGUAUGGUCUUGCUAGUGUGGUUGGGCCGUUGAUUGGGGGUGCUUUUACGAGCCAUGUGUCGUGGCGAUGGUGCUUUUACAUCAACCUUCCUGUUGGUGCCGUAUCCUGCCUUUUCAUUCUCCUCUUCUUCGUCAAUGAGCCACCGAAGAGUCGUCCUAACUGGCGCGGCAUGCUUCGUCAGCUGGAUAUCAUUGGCGUUGUUCUCAUCAUCGGUGCAGUCCUGUGCUUCAUUCUCGCUAUGCAGUGGGGUGGCACAACAAAGAGCUGGAGCGACUCCAAAGUCAUUGGCACGCUCGUGGGUUUUGCCAUCUUCAUUGUGCUGUUUGUUGUGGCGCAGUGGUGGCAGGGUGAGAACGCCAUGGUGCAUAGCCGUAUCAUUAAGAGGCGCACAGUUGCUGUUGGAUCGACUUUCUCUUUCUUGAUCAAUGCGGCGUUCUCAAUAACGUUCUAUUAUAUCCCGAUUUACUUCCAGUCUGUCCAAGGCGUUUCCGCAUCAACAAGUGGUGUCCGCACUGUGCCGUACAUUCUCGCAGUCACGUUAUGCGUCGUCGUUGUCGGUCAAAUCAUUUCGAAAACCGGAUAUGCUUUCCCAUGGAUGAUCAUUGGCGCUGGUGUCACGGCCAUUGGCUCUGGUUUAAUUUACACUUUUGACAUCGAUUCUCCUAGUAGAGUUUGGAUUGGCUACCAGAUCCUCGCAGGAUUGGGUGUUGGUGUCAGUUUCCAAGUCCCUGUCAUGCUUAUCCAAGCCACGACCAAGGAAGCCGACGUACCUCUGACAACAGCCACGCUUCUUUUCAUCCAAACAUUGGGAGGUGCCUUUGGUAUCUCGGCUGCGCAGACCGCGUUCCAGAACAUCCUUCUCAAGCGUUUGGCCGUCACUGCAGCCGGAUUAAACCCUGCUUUGGUCCUUGAAGCUGGCGCUAGCGAGAUCAGAGGCAGAAUUCCAGCUGAGUUUGUCGAGGGAGUACUCAAGGCGUAUGUAUCAGGUUUCAGGGGCACAAUCAUCGUUGCCAUUGCGUUUAGUGGUGCAGCGUUCCUUGCUGGCUUUGGGUUCCGUUUCACGACUAUCAAGAGAACAACUGCGUUGGAAAACUAA